CAGUCGGCUCAUUUGCGAUUCGUCACUGAACAACAUGUAUUGGGGCUGAUUUAAGGUUGUCUUUAUUAUACGUCGAUAUAUUAGGCUCGUUACUGUAAUGCAAGCUCUGUGAAUGGAGUUUUACAGUCGGCAAACUAUACCAUUACCACUAACGGAGGAUCAACAACAGCUGAUCAACUUCCCCUGAAGAAGAACUGACCAAGAUAAGCAGGGGCGAGCAAACGCCCUCGUGUUUCUAUCGAUAUAAAAAUCAGAACAAUAAAGAAAACCAGUGGAAUGUUUAUCUGCACUAAGCAACGGACGUGAUGUAUGUUUACAGAAAGUUGAGACGUAGCCUCUUACGAAGAUUUGGAGGCCACAGAAAGCUGGUUAUAUGUAUGUUUGUACUAAUGCUAUGUCUGGCGCUGUAUUACUAUAGGUCCCCUGUCCUCCAAGCAGGUAUGAGACAGGUGUGGGAUGGGAGCAUGCUGUUAAAAAAUAUCACAGGUACUUCAUGUGGAGUAAGGUGUCCUGCUGGCCAAAUUGCUUUUAUGAUUAAGACAGGAACGGGGAUGAAUGUGGGACCAACAAUAUGCUUCAACAAUAAAAUAGUAUUCAGUCCGGACCUUCAGAAUGCAGCUCGUGGUAUAAAUGCAGUAUUUAUAGACCCUGACACAUUGGAAGUAAAAGACCAACAAACUUUUGAUACAUAUCUUGAUGUUUAUCCUCUACUACGAUAUGUCAGAGAAAAAGUGCCAAGGAAUACACUUGUUUUAGCUGCAAGCUAUGAUGAGGUGUCUGAAGGCCUGAAAGAUGAUGGGAGAAAUGUCUUCAUUGCUAUGGGAAGCAGACUCAUUUCAGAAGUACAUUUCCGAGAUGCCUUUAUGAUGGUGGGCCAAAUGGGUUUAAGACCAGGCCAUGCUAUAGAGUUUCAUAAAUCUAGAGAAGCAAGUGCCUUUGCUAAGUCCAUAGAAAAACAUGGAUGUUUUGGAUUACCAAUGGGUCCUAUUGGAGACACGGAGGAAUAUCUCCCCUCUGUACAAACCGUUGGAGCCAUCCAACCAGGGAAGGAGCUAAGGAAUUGUGGAAUGGCUUCUGGGUGUGGGGACGGAACAUUUUCUGUGAUGGUUGAUACAGGGGAUAGUGACAAAAUUGCUCCAAAAAUUUGCGUUGGUGGAAAAAUAAUUGUAGACAAACAAGUCAACGAUGCUGGACGUGGGUUUAACAUGGUGGUGAUCGAUCAUGUCUCCUUCAAGGUCAAAUCUAUCUCUAGAUUUGACACAUACUCGAAAGAUAGCCUUAAUUUAGAAUUUUUCCUGGACAAGCUUGAGCCCGAAGAUAUAGUUAUAGCUGUUGUUAAUGACGAUGGAUCGAGGAAGUUGAGUUUACAUGCCAAAGAGUUAUUUAACCAACUGGGAAGCAGUAUGGUACAGAACCUUAAGUUUAGAGACAUCUGGUAUUUUGUAGGUCAGCGUGGCAUCAAGGGAUUCACUGCACAUGAGAAGAUAAGUUAUGCUGGAUAUGAUGGUGAAUGGCCAAAAACUUUACACAACGCUUUUUGUGUCAAUAGAAAAUUAGAGGGAUUGAAGGUGGCCCCUGACCCAGGUGGUUACCGUAAUGAAGGCAGGCGAGCAUUCUGUAAGAAAUAUGAUGGCUACGCAGACUUCUGUGAUGCAUCAAAGAUCGAUAAAACAAUCUCGCCAGUGGCCCUGGUAGAUAAGAGUCUGUUUAAUAAUCCAGUGUUUGAUGUCCCAAUUAUUAUAAUACCAGGAAUGGACCAUAACGCCCUUGUUCGUACUUUAGAGACAACCAUCAUGCAGCCGGGAGUGCAUCCAUCCCUCGUCACUGUUAUGUGGGAUGAAAAAACCGUGGAACAUGCAGAACUUGCUGACCUGUUUAAUUAUAACAAUCACAGCCUGUCAGGAAGUCUUAAUUAUAUAGACCAGAUGCAGAAGGCACUGACAGCUGGGUGGGAGCUCCAUUCUGAAUCUAAAUAUAUGAUUGUUCUAGAGGAAGAGAUUGUCCUGGCUCCUGACUUUCUUUCCUUCCUUGGUCAAAGUUUGGUUGUAGUGGACUCUGAUGCUACACUUCUGGGGGUGUCUGCCUGGAACUACAACGGUUAUGACACGACUUCUGGAGACAGGACCCUUGCAUAUCGAGUUGAAGAGUUUCCUGGACUUGGAUUCCUGCUGAAGCGAAGUGUUUACGACACUUAUAUGAAAAACCGCUUGUCCAUCUGUUGCGUAGGAAGAGUUUGGGAGGACUGGGGAUUAGCUGGAGAUGAUGUUGUUGGUGAAAUCCUUAUACCAGACGUUUCGCGCAUUUACCGUCAGCCGUACCAAACCUGGAAUACUGAUGAAGAUUACCUGACUGAGCUUUUCAACAAACCAAGGCUUACCAAUAUAGAGGCUGGGAUGAACCUGAAGGGCUUGUCUCGCUUAAUGGACAGUAGCUAUGACAGCUUACUUCAUAAAACAAUCGAAUCGGCAGGGAUCAUCACUGUCGAUAAGCUAAAGAAAUGUAUCACUGGAAAAGAACAGUUGUUAUAUGUGCCAGCUGAAAUUAAAUCAGUAUUUGCUGUUUAUUUCGAGCAGUCCGGUCCUCAAGACUAUUCCCUUUUGAAUCAAUUAUGUCAUUGUUUUGGUUUAUAUUCCGUCAAAGGCAAAAGGCCCAGAAACCUACAUAAAGGCAUAAUAAGGUUUUAUUUCGACAGAAGAGAAGGUAUCUUAAUAGGGUCAUCAUCACAAGAAUUUUACCGACACAAACCUGCUGACCACCAGGCGCUUAAAAUACAGGAUAUGAACCAUAAAGGUUAAAGGUUUAUAAGUUCAUAUUUAUACACACUAUUAUAAUAAAUUAAACAAAUUACACUUCAUAACAAUUACUUUCCAGAAAUCUGAUGUGCAAUAUGUUCUUAUUUAAGAUAAAUAUUAAUUUUUUUGGAAGGUUUGUGUUCCAUCAUCAUUGUUGGUGUAUUGAAAGUGUAUGCUUAAUUUGUAAAACACAUUGAGAGGAAAUUAUAUACACAUGUAAUUAUAUUAACAUUUGUUAACUUUGCUAAGAAUGGUCCACAAAGGCAUCAAAACUGUACCAUAUUUAUCCGACAAUAAGUCCAUUCUGGUAAUCAGCCCACCUCUACCAAUUCUAUUUCACCAAGACAUUCCAACAAAUGCUUACCAAUUCCACUGCCACAUUGAGUCAGUCUGAUUGCAUGUUUGCGACUUGUGCUAAUUCUGGUAUAAAUUUGAUGUACUUUUUAAAGUUGCUUUUGCAAUUUGAAAUAAAAAUACAGUUAUGAUGUUUAUCAACACCAAGGUAUUUUGAAAUUAAAUCCAAGAAUCUUUGGGUUGUAAAUUUGAGCACUACUGCUGCUGGAGAUAAUACUGAACCUUUUGUUACAAUUUAAGCAUUGUUAUACAUGUAUAUGAUGUUUUAUAAAAAAAUUUUUAAUGAAAGUCAUUUAUACUGUACCAACAAACCUUAUUUUGGGAGCUACAUUUUAUAUUAACGUAUAAGUGUUAGCAAGCUCGCUUCCAAUAUAACAAUAUACCAGGACCGAAAAUUGGAGAAAAAAAAUUCGUUUGUUUACAAUUUCAUUUUCGGAUGAUGCUUCUUAUGGAAGUUUUACACCUUAAUUUACCAUAUAAACAAACAUACAAUAUUUUAUUUGUAGAAGUUAUGUACCUAGAUCUAGCAAAAUGUCCAGAAAAAUUUAGAUGGAUUUACAAACAUUUGCAUGGACCAGAUUGCUUCACAAUAUGUUUGCGUUUUAUUAGGCAAAGUGUGUGAAAUAUUGGUGUACAUUUUAAAAUGGGCAAGAAAAUAACCUAACACAACAAAGACAGUUGCAACCCCAGCAGAAAUAAUUUUACGGAAUACCAGAUAUGAAAUAUCUAAUCCUGUUACGCUUCAGUUACUUACUAGAAGUAAUGCUAUAUUGACAAAACUUAUUCCCACUCUGCUAUUUCGUUUGUCAAAAUUGACCACAGGAAAAAAAUGUUUAGAUUUUGCUAUAUUUCAAGUCAUUGGAGAGCUAUUCUGAAAAGGCACAGAACCGCCAGAUAUUUCCCAAUGUGUGCGGAAUAACCCUUUUAAGUUAGAUUUGAUCUACAUAACAGCAGUAUAAAAUGAAAUAAAAAAUUUACAUCCUAAUUGGUAUACAGAUUGAUGGAAAUAUUAUUAUGCUAAGCAUUAAAUUUUAAGCAAUUCAUACACACAGCAGAAAAAAAAGGUGUAUUGGUGUAUUAAAUGUACGUAAUUAAGAUGAUAAUAUUGUGCAUUUCGUUUCAUUAAAAACCACAAUUUGAUAUUUAUUUUCUACCUUUCGUAAUGUUUAAAUAUGUCUAAGUCCCCUUUCAUGGGUAUCAUCUACUGUUUGCCUAUAACUAUUCCUAUACACCACUUUAUCUCUGUAUACACUCGGAAACCUUUUACAGCGCCAUAUUUUGCUAUAUACACGGCGAUAGUCGUGAUGUUUCACUGUGUUGCUUUCAGGGAUGAAUUUUAAACGCCAUAAUAGUGAUGUAAGGAUAUUUUGCACUGGUUAAUUGAUCAUUAAUUAGACAAUAUAUAUAGACAUGCCUGCCAAACUGAUGUUUGUUUUUAAUUAAAUCUGCAGAGAUAAUGAUCUGUCAACAGUCUGUCUGUUUUUGACCAAUUAAUCUGCUUUACAAUUAAUAUAUGACUUGUCUUUCAACAAACAUAUUUUAUCGAGUUAUUGCAUAUCAUAUAUUUGGAUGUCUAAACGAGUUGGAAUAGGUCCUCACACUAGACGAGACAUCCACAAAAUGCCACACAAGCUGUUCCCCGCUUGUGGGUGGACUGGGAAUACGUCACACAGUAAUUAUUUGUAUGUACAAAAGAAGCCCGAUUCCGAUUUAUUGCCGGAUUGGCAUACUGAAAAAAAAUAAUCUAAAAGUAUUUGAUUGGACAAUCAUCCAGCUGUGAUUUCCUAUUUUCUGAGUCUUCACCGGUAAUAUAGACUCGCGCAGGAAUUAAAUCGCAAAGAGCCACAAAUUUCACAGCAAUGGCGGAAACUGUUCGGUUCACCUGCCAAGUGCAGACGACAUUUCUGCAAAAAUACAGGCGUAAUCUUAAUAAAUGGUUUGUUGAAUAAAAAUGAUAUGUUGGUUAUGUAAUUUUCAUUAGUUUUCAUUAAGAAUAGGUUUUGCAGCAAGACAGAUUCGUUAUAUGGGUUUUAGACACGUGAAAUGGGGUCUUAUAUUACAUGUCUGGAUUCCCGAAUGAAUGCGAGGGAAAAUAUGAAAUCCAGGCAGGUAACACGAAACCCUAUUGCAUGCAUCUAAAUAUCUAAAUAAAGAAUCUAAAUAGAUAAAGAGAUAUUGUUCAUGUUCAGGAUUGAACUCCAGGAACCAAUAUAGACACAAACGUACAUUCCAUUAUAUAUGUACAUGUAUUUCGAUUUGUUUAUUAUGAAGAUGUUUUGGUGUUUUGUAAUACCUUUCAAACAUUCAUUUGUACCCUCGAUUCUGUGAACGUACAUGUUUUAUCGUACUGAAGUUUUAGAGCAUAACAAAAUUUAAACAGAAUUAAGCGAUAUGUUUUUAACGCAAGAACACUAAAAUAAGAUUUACGAUAAAGUAUGUAUGUUUACAAUAUACAGUAUGUUCGAUCAUUACUGCAUGCUUUUUAUGGAUUCAUUAUUUCUGAAACAAUGUUUAAGUAAACAUUUUCAACCCAGUGAUAGGUAGUAUGAUCAAUCAAAUGAGGAUAUACUGUAUAUCGUUUGUUUACAGACAUUUUCUCUGUUUGUUAGUUGAACGGUAUUUAUACGUUAUACUGUUGAAAGCAAUGAACAAUUUUGAAAAACUUCAGCGUCUGAAUGGUGACGUCAUUUCUUGUUGUUUGAAGCCAUCGUGAUUUCAGAUUCAACAUCAUGAUUGUCUAUCUACUUUAAAUACUGUUAUACAACAUAUACAAUCUAACAUUUCUUAUUUGAUUUGUAACAUCACAUGGCUUUAGUGAAAUGUGUUUCAAUGUUUCCAUCGCAUGUUCAAGUUUCCCAAUUAUCUUAGGUAAUUAUCAGACUAAGAAAUUAUAUGUUCUAAUUGACUGAAGGCGACAAAACAUGCAUAAUGAUUUUAUUAUUUUGCAAUUAUCUUUCUGGCAAGGGAGUAUUGUUCGUUGUUUCAAAACUUCCCAAUUUGUUUUUCUCAUAUUUAACGGCCAUAUACUCUUGUGUGUGUAAUGAUUUUGAGGUAACAGGGCGGUAAGAGGUAACAGGGCGGUAAACAUUGCUGGUGUAUUUAAGUCACCACACUUUGCCAUAAUCUUGCAUUUCAUUUCUAAUUUAUUUCGACUGAUUGAUAUUUUCUCAGCUUCAAAGACUCUUCAGUGACUCUUAUUAAUGGAACAAAAGUGUGUAAAUUUUGAUAAAAAGUUUCAGAAAAUAUUUCAAUGCAAAGUAACGUCAAACUGUGAAGACAAAUUACAUGAGCGAUGCUACCUUCAUAGAUAUGUAAAUAUCGCGUUUGGCUGUGAAUUUAUGAUGUAUAAUGGAUUAACAUUCAAACAUGCUAUUCACAUGCCUGCAUUUUACUUCGGAUUCAUACUCAUGAAAUAAAAUGAUUAAAAGGUUUAAAGGAAACAAAGAAAUCCCUACUACAAAGUCUUUAAAUGUUAAUCACCAACCAAACGUGUACACUAAUGCUUCAAACAUCAACAUGUCAACACUCCUGUGCCGAAUGGAGCUACGUGUAUGCUUUUUUCAGAAUUGUUCAUUGCAAUUGAUUAUUAAGUUUAAAGAACCAUCAUGGUUCUUAUGUGAUAUAGCAAAGUUUUAAAUUGUUAUUCAUUGUUUAAAUACACAGCAUGACUGUUAACAAAAUAUAUUGUAAAUAAUUUAAACGAAGAAGAUGAAUAUUCACGGAAUGUAGAAAAUUGGUAAUAAUUUCCUUUUAUUAUUAAUUUAUAUGUUCUUCUGUUAUUUUGUUACCAAUAAUUAAGCUAAAAGUAACUCUUAAAAAUAAUUACUUUUCCAUUUGAUUAGUAGACCACUUCAUUUCACUUUGUAUUAGUAAAUCUGAUGAAUUUUUUCUCUAGAAAUAUCAGAUUAACUAUGAAAUUUUUGGUGCAUUGUUGUACAUAUUAGGUUUUUUUUACCUUGUAUUCGUGGCAUAAUUAAAUGUGUAGCUGUUUUUGUUGUUGUUUUUUUUCCCAUUUUUUUUGCGACAUAUUUCAACUUAACCUGUGACAUUACAGUUUCAAAUCUUUGGCGCACGCGUCUAAUAUCUUAAGAAGCUGAAAGUGUUUAAUCAAUUUCUGGCAUGAUUUGCGGUUAUACUCAAUAUAAUGCUCCCCAUAUCGGUUACCACCUGUCUCGUCAUUAGCCUUAUUGGGUCAUCAUUUCCCCUUUUACAAUUCAACCAUAAUGCCAUUUGCGGCACAUUGCAAACACCCGUCAAAUAUUUGCCAAACAUUUUACACGUAAGUUUUAAUACUCGUAAUAUGAUAUCUGUACAUAUUUUAGAUUUGUGUCAUAUCGUCUGCUUGGUGUAAAAUUGCAAUUUUGUCAUUCAGAGUCAACAAGCUGUGAACUCGUUUUAUUUUUGGCUUCUUUAAUAGCAAUCGUAGCGUUUUAAUUUGUCAACUAUUUGGAGACAGGCAAAUGUGAUUGUUUUACGAGUGUGAGUUUAACGAAAAUGUGUUAAUUAUAAAAUGAGUCCUUUUAGAUCAAAAUUGAAUGACACCAUUUUGGAAGUCAACGAAUAAUACAUUCCACUUGUGAAAAUGACUUUCAUUUUACUUCGUGUUUUAAUUGAUUCGUGUAUGAUUGUGACAUUUCAUAAAAUUCUUGAAGCACCAAAAUCAGUAUCGAAUAUUAAUUUUAGAUAUGCCGUCGCAUAAAAAUAUAUGCAAUGCUUAAUUUUAUCAUUUCAUUUCAAUUAAGGAAUGUUUACAAAUUUAUCAGGAUUAUUAAACCAAAUUUAUUAGUUAAUUAUUUGUUUUAUGUAUUCAAUGAACUAAUGAUUGUUUUUAAAAUAUUAUUAAUCUGAUUUGUUGUGUUAGAUAUAGUUAAUUAUGAUCAUUAUUAUAUUUUUAUGAUCAAGGAGGAACGCAAGCUUACACUUUUUAUAUCCAUUAUAUUAAGAAUUAAAGUAUUGUGGUAUUUAGUAGUUUUUUACAAGGAUAGUUCCCGUUGUUCAUCUAGUAGCAAUUCGCAUUUUUUUCGUGGUCGGUGCAUUUAUUUCAUUUUGAGACCUUGCUAUUCUAUGGAUUGAUCACUCGUGAAAUGAGGAAUCAUUUUCUUCUCCUGUCAAAACGACUUUUGUUGUCAGACGCCUCUUGCUGUGUGUUAUCUUGUGGGUAGUGUCCAUCGCCGACACGAUUCCGUUGGAUAUAAUUUAUCGAUUUCGUACUCUUCUAACACUGCCGAAGAGGACUAUUUAUAUAUUUUUUCUUCUUCCUUUUUUCUUCUCUUCAAUACUUGAAUUAAAUUGUUCGGAACAUCACUUCAUAUACUCGUUUCCCUACAAAUGCCAGUGUUGCAUGCACACGCUUUUUCUGGUAGUGGAAGUACGCUCUAAUAUUAUACAUAUGCAGCUACAUUUGCAUGUGACAUACGUCAGUCAUCAGGAUAUUCUAACAUGAAAUGACAGAUUGUGCCGUAGUGUGAAAGAUGUUGACAUAUUAAAAUGACACGUUGGUAUCAAAGCACUAACUCUGUAUAUUUAGGGAUCGCAUGCACAGUUAGGCAUGUGUAGGUACAACAAGUAAAGUAUUAUGUCACAGGAGAUGGUGAAGAACAGCGUGAACCUCCAAUACAUCCCGUAUCAAUUGUUGGAUUAUUAAGUUGCCAACUGGGAGGGAUAUAUAUAUAUAUAGUUGUUUAUCUUUUAUAUUUAAGUGUAUCCCUGCUAAGCUAUUCGUUUGCUUUUGUAAUUUGUAUUUGAAUUUUUACAAACUUGAUAGCUUUUUGCUUACAUUAUGUUGAUAUUGUGAGCAAUGCGUUGUUGAUUUGUGAUAGCUGCUGUUUACCUUAUGUAUUUCUUAAUAAAGAAUACGCACCAUUCUUAUUUUCCAUAUUGUGUUAGUACUUGCUCCAUUUAUACUUCACAUACGAUCUACUGUUAAAGUAUUAUUACCCCUGAUAAUCUGUGAAUUGUGUACUAUUUUGAAUCCAAUUAUGUGUAAUAUUUUGUGCAAAUACUGGUUUUGACCAAUAUUUCAGGGGUAUGAUAAACAAUAUCAGUGAUGUGACAUGUCGAUCACCCUUAAGGCUGAUUGAGCAUGUAUAUGUUGCCAGUCAUUUAGUAUGAAGUUUUGUUUUUGGGUGACAGAUUUUACUAGUAUUGACAAUUAAGCAUUUAUAAACAAACUUUUCAGCUUUAUUUCGUGCUUUUAUCGUUUGAAGAUUUUAUUCAGAUAUUUCUAAACAAUUCUACUCAUACCUCAGGAGCUUAAUUAGCCUAUAGACCCACACUUAUUAGUUGUUUUCUUGUUUCAUAAUCAUAUUGGAUUAAUAACUAUUACUAGCAUAGUAUUUGAUAAUAAUAAAUUGGAACAAACAACGUCAACUGUGGAAUAAGAUUCAUCAGCUUGGUAUGAAUGAUUUAUAACAAGUUUGUUUUGUACACAAAUAUUGAAAACAUAAUUCACGUGCUUUCGAAAACAUUUCUUUCGUCAAGCGUAGACUACAAUAGCCGAGAGUUGGUGUUCUGACAACUGAAAUCAGCUCACUACCCAAAAUAGGUCGAGUUAGUGAAGUCAGCUGUCAAAUCCGUAGCGUGACAUUUCGACUAAAUGCACUUUAAUACUGUAGGUAGUCAGAGGGACGGGUCAGAACACCGACACUCGGCUAUUGUACGUUUUCGAAAGCUCGCAAAUGAAGUUUUCGAUUUCUGUUUGUGUACAAAGCAAACUUGUUAUAUAACACAUUAACUUACUGUAAUAUGUGUGUGUAUGUAUUCGUAUAACAGGGUGCAUGUGUUCUAAUAAAACCAUUGUAAAAGUUGAGUGAUUAGGUAUUCUGAGACAGAGAGAGAAGUGAUACGUAUGUCAAACAUUGUGUUAAAAGGUACAAAAGUUUUAAAUGAAAUACUUUAUAUUUCACGAUGUUUAAUCUUCAUCUUUACGUUUAAUGGAUACGGGAGAAACGGUCGUUUCGUUUUGUUGUUUCCUCAGUUCUUGUUAUAUAACGAGUUUGCGGUAGAUAUUUGGCUACUACAUGAAUGUAUUUGCUUUAUCGUAUUUACUAUUAUUUAUAAUGUUACAUGCAUAUCAUAUUACUUUCUCAUGGAAUACAAUGGCUUUUUAUUGUAACAUUCCUCUUAUCGAUUGGAUAUAUCAUCCCAUUGAUUCGUGAGAAGAUUAAGACUGGUAUGACGCUACGAUUCUCAAUAGGAAAUGACGAUAAAACUAUAAAAUAGUUGCACAUGAUAGAAAUUAAUAUUUAAUUGUGUACAUUACAUGCGAGAUGUACAAAGGGUUUUGUCACCUUUGCUCAUAAAAAGCUUAUGUGCAUGUACAUUUCUAAACCUGAUUAAAAUCUCACUUCACAUAAAUUAACUUAAUUUAGACUAUAUUUUAUUGACCGCACGUAAUGAGAAAUUAAAUGAAAUUCUCAAAAUGAUUUUUAAUAAAAUUAUGAAAUUAUA